CAUCAUAAACUUUGGCCGUAAAUUGCCCUGCUUUCAAGAUGAAUUAAUGAGCUAAAUUCCUUUGUUUAUCACAAACCUGCUCUAAAGCCAAACUAAACCAAAUAUCAUCUGUUCCUUUUUCAACCAUUUCCCUGAAACCUAUUUCAAGAUUUUGCAGAUUCAUCUCUCCCCCCAACCCCACUUACUGUCCCAAACCAGUUUGUUCUCUCCUGGACACCUUUCACAGGUCAGCUAACCCUGCAGCAAUUCUCACAGGUAAAAGGAACAUUUUUGAACAUAUCCUUUAAAGAAAAAAGCUCAAAAAACACAGGUGAAACUGCUAGUAUAUAUGUCAAUCAUUUCCUACAUUGUACCAGUUGGACUGGUGUUUCAAAAGAAAACAUUUAAAAGCAGUGAUUGUGCAAGACUUUUCAUUCACACCGCAGAGAGACUGGAGGAUCAACUAGAGCUUUGACAAUGUCUAAAGUGUCAUGGAUUGAAAAAACAUUUCAUAAAAGAGACUGUGUCCAAAUUAUUCCAAGCUCAAGGGAACCACAUAGGUGCCUUCCAGGAUGUCAGAUUUGCCAGCAACUUGUCCGAUGCUGUUGCGGCAGGUUAAUCAGACAACAUGCCUAUUACGCCAGUGGUGCUUCUCCUUCAGGGGCAGAAAACAUCCAGGAAUCAGAGCGUUGGACAGCAGACAGACACACAGUCAAGAGCUCCACCGAUUCUUUUGGCACCAUUAACUUUCAGUGCGGAUCUCAUGGUUACAAAGCAAAGUUUGUCAGAUUGUCGAAUGAUAGCAAAGUGGAAGACAUUCUACAGCUAAUGAUUAAGGAAUGGCAUAUGAAGAAGCCAAAUCUGUUGAUUUCUGUUCAUGGGGGAAUGCAGAAAUUUGAACUUCAUCCUCGAUUUAAGGAAGCUUUUGGCAAGGGGUUUGUUAAAGCUGCAGUAUCAACAGGAGCCUGGAUUUUUACAGGAGGAACCAAUAAUGGAGUAGCUGCACAUAUUGGAGAUGCCAUAAAAGAAUAUGCCAGUCGUCUCACCCAUAAUAUCUGUAUUAUUGGAGUAGCACCUUGGGGAAUAAUCGAGGGCAGACAGGACCUCAUUGGAAAUAAUGUGAUGGCUCCAUAUCAAACAUUGCUGAGCCCUCUGAGUAAACUUCACGUUCUGAACAACCUGCAUUCCCACUUCUUACUGGUGGAUGAUGGGACCGUGGGAAGGAGUGGGGGAGAAAUGAAUUUACGAAGAGAACUAGAAAGUAAAACCAGCUUGCAACAAUUUCAUGCAACAAAUGAUAGACGUGUCCCUAUGAUGGCUCUUAUACUGGAAGGAGGACCCAAAACCAUUCUGACAGUCCUGGAGUAUCUUCAGCAAAGUCCUCCUGUGCCAGUUGUGGUAUGUGAUGGCACUGGCAGAGCGGCAGACCUCCUUGCAUAUGUCUAUAAACAUACAGAGAGCAGUGGACUUCUCCCAGAUGGAAUGGAAUCAAAUGUCAUCUCUAAAAUCAAAAAGACUUUCACCCUAAAUAAAAGUGAAGCGGUACAUCUGUUCCAGACCCUAAUGUGCUGCAUGCAAAUGAAGGAGCUAAUAACAGUAUUACAUAUUGGGCCUGAUAUUCAUCAGGAAAUUGAUGUAGAUCUACUCAAAGCCCUAUUGAAAGGUAAUAAUAUCUCCCCAAUCGAUCGGCUGCAUUUGACACUUGUAUGGGAUAGAGUGGAUAUUGCCAAAAAUCACAUUUUCGUACGUGGACAGCAGUGGCUGACAGAACCUCUGGAACAAGCCAUGAUGGAUGCCCUUAUCAUGGACAGAGUUGCAUUUGUCAAGCUUUUGAUAGAAAAUGGUGUCAGCAUGCACAAAUUUCUUACCUUACCCCGUCUGGAUAAACUUUACAAUGUGAAAUCAGAUACAAACAGCGACACCCUUUUACAGCUUAUAUGGGAGAUAAAAAAGGGUAACAUUCCAGGCCAGAAUAAAAUCACAAUGAUAGACGUGGGACUUGUAAUUGAAUAUUUAAUGGGAGGUGUAUUUAGAAGCAGCUACACCAAAAAAAACUUUAAAGCGAUGUACAAAGCACUAAGUCAGAGUUCCAGUCGACCUGCUGGUGGCACUUCCACACAUCCUGCAAAUGAAAAGAAUUUGGGGAGAGUAGUAACAAAGAAUAAAACCAGACACACGCAUUUCAUCCAAACAGCACAACCCUACAAACCUAAGACCAGCAAUACAUGUGAAGUCAGUCAAAAGACCAGUAGAAAUGACCCUCUAGAAGCUGACAGUCGAAUAACAAGGCCGUUUCCUUAUCCUUUCAAUGAUCUCCUAGUUUGGGCUGUGCUAACCAAGCGGCAAAAGAUGGCCCUGUUUUUCUGGCAGCAUGGGGAGGAGUCCAUGGCUAAAGCUCUGGUCGCUACAAAGCUUUAUCGUGCAAUGUACCAGGAGGCCCGGCAGAGUGACAUCAUCGAUGACUCCUCUGAAAAGCUAAAUAAAUAUUCCAAAGAAUUUGGGGAAUUGGCAGUAGAGCUUUUAGACCAAUCCUUUAAGCAGAAUGAAUUGAUGGCAAUGAAACUUUUGACAUAUGAACUCAAAAACUGGAGCAAAUCUACUUGCCUUAAACUAGCUGUUUCCUCAAGGCUUCGAACCUUUGUGUCACAUACAUGUACUCAGAUGUUGCUUAAUGAUAUGUGGAUGGGCAGACUGAACAUGAGAAAGAAUGCCUGGUACAAGGUGAUUUCAGGCAUAUUGUUCCCGCCAAUUAUUCCACUGUUCGAUUACAAAAGCAAGACACAGAUGUCCCACAUCCCACAGUCUCAAGAUGAUUAUAAAAUGACACUUGAUGACAAAGAGGAGAUUACCUGUUCAGUAGAAGGUAUUGCUUUGGAGGCAUUUAAAGAGACAUUUUCUAAUGGAGACAAUGAACAUUCUACGGGAAUGAGGAAUGAAGGAAAACCAAAACGCGUUCCUCUUGCUCGAAGGUUUUAUGCAUUUUACCAUGCACCAAUUGUAAAAUUCUGGUUUAAUGCACUGGCUUACAUUGCGUUUUUAAUGCUGUACGCAUUUGUAGUCCUGGUCAAAAUGGAGAAUUUACCCUCUGUUCAAGAAUGGAUUGUGAUCAUGUUCAUCUUCACCACCGGUGUGGAAAAAAUACGUGAGAUCCUCAUGUCAGAAGCCGGUAAACUGACUCAGAAGCUCCGAGUGUGGUUCAGCAGCUACCUGAACAUAAAUGAUACGUUUGCCAUUAUCACGUUCCUUGUUGGAUUUGGCUUGAGAUUUGGAGAGAGGGAUAUAAUACAUGAUAAUGAUGACAAAGAAGAUUACAUUUUCAUUGCCGGAAGACUGAUAUAUUGCUUAAAUAUCAUUUUUUGGUUUGUGAAAUUGGUGCAUAUUCUAAGCGUCAAUCAAGAUGCUGGGCCUUAUGUUCUAAUUAUUGGCAAAAUGGUAUCAAGUAUGUUUUUCAUUGUUGUGAUUAUGGCGAUUAUCCUGAUUGCAUAUGGUAUUCCAAGAAAGGCAAUUCUCUAUCCGCAUGAGAUGCCCUCAUGGUCUCUAGCAAAAGACGUUUUAUUUCAUCCAUAUUUCAUGAUUUAUGGAGAAAUAUAUGCCUAUGAAAUAGAUGUGUGUGCCAAUGAUACUGUGGUUCCGUUCCUAUGUGGCACUGGAACAUGGAUAACUCCUUUUCUGCAAGCUGUAUAUUUAUUUGUCCAGUAUAUCAUUAUGGUCAAUCUCCUUAUUGCUUUAUUCAAUUGUGUAUACUUGAAAUGUAAAUCCAUGUCCGACAUAAUGUGGAAAUUUCAGCGCUAUCAUUUGAUCAUGGUGCAUCAUUCAAAGCCUGUCCUGCCUCCGCCAUUCAUUGUUCUCAGUUACGUGACCUCCUUGUUCAGCUGUGUGUGUUUGCGCAAGCAGAAAAACAAGGCUCAUUGGCGAAAACUAUACUUAACUGAAGAAGAGCAGAAGACUCUCCAUGAGUUUGAGGAACAUUGUGUAGGCAUUUACUUAAUUUACAAGGAAGAUAAAAACAACAGUAAACCCGAUGAAAGAAUCAGAGUAACUUCUGAAAGGACUGAGCACAUAAGCAAGGAGAUGGAUAACGUUGGAGAGCAGGUCAUGUUCAUCAAACGCUCACUGCAGUCGUUGGAUAAACACAUUGGACAUCUUCAAGAUCUUUCUGGCCUUACUUUUGAUUCAUUGAAAACCCUGACUGCUCAAAAAGCUUUGGAGAAUAGCAGGAGCCUUAGUGCUAUGUCCUGUGAUUUAAGUCUUUCAAGAUAUACCUCCAGUGAUGGGCUAUCGGCCAUAUGGAAGAGAAGUAACACGGACCUAGCCUGGGGAUGUCCAUACACACAACCUGGUCUGGAGAGAAAUAUACACCCACGGGCUUCAAAAUCACAUAGGAAAAGCAAUAUUCCAGAUGGAGACUUUGUAAAUAGUUCCAUGUUUCAGAGAGUUGAUUCUGUUCCAGACUCCCAAAAGGAAAAUCACUUUGAAGACAAAAACGUGGGCUUAGUUAAUAAUCACAAAAGUAGGACAUUUAAUCCAACAAUUCAGACUCAUUCAAAAAGUGAAACAAGAUCACAGGUUUGUGACAUGAAGUCUGCUCUUAGUAAAAAUGGGUUAGGCCAAAUCAUUCAUCCAUGCUCUGACGCCAACUCAUCUUGCAAAAAUACCUGCGGUAAAGACGGUUACAUUAACUGUGGAUUCAUUGAUGACACCGUCAAUGAUCAUAACAGUAAUGAAAAGAUCAUUAUGGAUUGUAGGUCCUUUCCUACGUCAAUAGGAUACCUGCCACAUGGAGUAGAAUCCCUGCCACACAGCCAUGAUCAAGAUAUUAUCCAUAAAGAAAAAAACAGAUUUACAGGAUUCUUGCACAAACUGUGGCCCAACUCUAGGCACAAACAUAACAUGGAGAAGCAGAUGUCUAUUGAGACAAAUUCCUCAGAGGCAGAGUUAUACACUCAAGAUGAAACCAAUUUAAGGAGAACCCAGUCCUGCACAGAAUUAACAAGCUUUAACGAAUCCUCUCCUCCUGAUUCACCAGAUCAGAUACAAAUGAAUAGCACAGCAACAUCUCAUGAAGACUUCUUUCAAACAGACUCAGAAGCAGCUUUACUAAAGGAGUCUUUGUACAGCAGAUAUUCAUCGAAUCACAAUAAAUCGCCCAGCCAGGAACAAAUCUGGAAUGGUUUUGGGUCUCAGUUCAACACAUCAAAGGACACAACUUCUUAUUACACAGCUGUUGAAAGAAACAACUUGUAUCGGCUAUCCAAGAGCAUACCAUUUACACCUCUUCCUCCCAAAGGAGAGCUGUUCACAGUGUAUCGCUUAGAAGAAAGCUCCCCACACAUUCUGAAUAACAGCAUGGCAUCAUGGUCCCACCAAGGUUUCUAUGCUAAAUUUGAAUUUAAAGGAAAAGAGGAGAUGGGAGGAGGACUUAGACGAGCAUCAAAAGUGGCAUGCACGUGGUCAGAAUAUGAUAUUCUCAAAUCUGGACACUUUUAUAUCAUAAAGUCAUUCCUUCCAGAGGUUGUCAACACUUGGUCCAGAAUCUACAAAGAAGAUACAGUAUUACAGCUUUGCCUAAGGGAAAUUCAGCAACAAAGAGCAGCUCAGAAACUCCUCUUUGCUUUCAACCAGAUGAAGCCAAAGUCAAUUCCAUAUUCUCCAAGGUUUCUGGAGGUGUUCCUCAUGUACUGUCACUCUGCUGGCCAGUGGUUUACAGUGGAGGAAUGCAUAACAGGAAGAUUCAGAAAGUACAAUAACAACACUGGAAAUGAAAAUGUUCCAACAAAUAAACUGGAGAAAACUAUGUUGGCCUUCAGCCACUGGACCUAUGAAUACACAAGAGGGGAAUUUCUUGUCCUGGAUUUGCAGGGAGUUGGGGAAAAUCUGACAGAUCCUUCUGUUAUAAAAGCUUGGGAGAGAAGGUCACAGGAUAUGAUAUUUGGCCCAGCAAACUUGGGAGAUGAUGCAAUCAAGAACUUCUGUUCCAAGCACCGAUGCAACACAUGCUGCAGGAACCUGAAGCUCACAGAGCUUAAAAGGACUGACUACAACCCUGAUGAAGCUUUAAUCUUGAAGGAUAGUUCCCUGCCAAGAAUAUCACCUGGUUGCACCGAAGAGGAGUCACCCCAACAACCCAUACGUGUGAUGCUGUGACUUAUAAGAGAAAACCUGAAGAUUUGAUACACCACUGCCAUUAAACUUUAUAAUGCCAAAGGGAUCUUGGGUUUAAACAGGGUAUCAGUUUCUAUGAACCAUCAGUAUAUAAACAGCUUUAUUUUGUCUUCCUGGGAUUAUUAUUUUGCUGAUACUAUAUGGGUUUCAGUGGUGGUUACGGAAUGCAGUUGUAAGUGGAGAGAGCUGUGGGGUAUAAACACACACACACACACACACACACACACAUAUAUAUAUAUAUAUAUAUAUAUAUAUAUAUAUAUAUAUAUAUACUCCCCCAAACUCCCAGCACUCACGAUAAAUAUACUCUCAUUGCCUGGGUGCAUGCAUCAAGAUACUUCAUACGAUCCUCUCCAGAAGAAGCCGCACAACUCAGGACUUAUUGCAAAGAAAUAAAUUUA